UCGAUCGACUCGUUUGGCCCGCGUUUCACGUCCUACUGUUGCAAGAUGCCGAGGAUCUUCGACAAGGACAACACGGAGCACACUGCGGAGGUCGAGCGCUGCGUAAAAGCCGCGAAGGCGCAGACGCCGCCCAUCACCGAGUGUGCAGCGCUGCUGGCCGAGGUGCUGAAAAACUCGUCCAUCGAUUUCCGAACCGACACUCCCAAAAACAAAAGAAAAGUGAGCCGCUACAUCCAAGAGAACUUCUGCACGGCGGCGGACAUCGCCCCCCGCAUCCCCGACUCGUGGCACAAGUACGCGACGCCGGCCUCGCCGCUCGACGAGCUGAUUGUGCCCGUGCUGCUCGCCGGCACCAUGAUAGUGAUCGCGUACUACAGCUGCAUGAAGGCGGGCAUUAGAUACGGGGUCAAGGUGCGCGACCGCGGCUCGAUCGGCUUCGCGCCCGCGGCGAUGAAGGGCAAGACGGACGAAGAGAAAGACAAAGCGGCGCGGGACGCGGCGCUCUUCGAGACGUUAGUCGCGCUGCUCAUGCACCCGGACCACCAGGGCCAGCAGAAGUUCAUCAAGGACCUCAAACUGAGGACGCGCGUCAUGGCGGAGGUCAAGAAGCGCCUCGCGGCCAAGGGCGUCGUGGCGCCCAUGAUGGGCGGCGCGGGCAAGAACAUCGGGCCCGGCAUGGCGCUCUCGCGCGACCGCAAGACGAUCAGCGUCCGGUGGUUCGUGGACGGCGUCCGCCAGCCCGACGCGACGUUCGACUACAACACCGCGGGCCGAAUCGCCGCCGCCGAGUUCGUCCUCAAGAAUUGCGGCCACGCCGUGCGCCUCGCGCAGCUCGAGGAGAACCGGAAGGCCUUCGAGAACGGCGUCCCUCUCCACCUCCUCCCCCACAAGAUCGGCCAGGCCGCCGUCGACGCGCGGGAGGGCAAGGCCCUCACGCUGCCGUUGUGGUUAGUGGAGUCGUCGGACGAGUCGUCGGACGAGUCGUCGGACGAGGAGAUG